CCAAAUAUGGCAUCUUCCAUGAGGAGCCUGUUUUCUGACCACAGCAGAUACGUGGAAUGCUUUCGGAGUUUUCUCAACAAUUCCACGGAACAUCAGUGCAUGCAGGCAUUUAUGGAGGAGAAGCUGCCAGGCAUUAUAGCAAGGAUUGGAGACAGAAAAUCCGAAAUUAGGAUUCUAAGUAUAGGUGGAGGUGCAGGUGAAAUUGACCUUCAAAUUAUCUCCAAAGUACAGACUCAAUAUCCAGGAAUUCAGAUCAACAAUGAAGUUGUUGAACCAAGUGCCGAACAAAUUGUCAAGUACAAAGAGCUUGUAGCCAAGACAUCAAACCUUGAGAACAUAAAGUUUGCUUGGCACAAGGAGACAUCAUCUGAAUAUCAAAACAGAAUGAAGGAGGGAAAAGACCUUAAAAAAUGGGACUUUAUCCACAUGAUUCAGAUGCUAUAUUAUGUGAAGGACAUCCCAGAGACCCUGAAAUUCUUCCAUAGUCUCUUAGCUUCUGAUGCUUUGAUUCUCAUUAUUCUUGUGUCAGGAACCAGUGGCUGGGACAAGCUGUGGAAAAAGUAUGAAUCCCGGUUACCCAAGAAUGAUCUAUGCCAGUAUGUCACAUCAUCAGACCUCACUCAGAUACUGGACAACUUGGGGAUUAAGUAUAAGUGUUACGACCUUCUGUCCACCAUGGACAUAUCUGACUGUUUCAUAGAUGGCAAUGAGAAUGGAGAUCUGCUCUGGGAUUUUUUAACAGAAACCUGCAACUUCAGCACAACAGCACCCCCUGAUCUCAAAUCAGAAAUUAUGAAAGAUCUACAAGAGCCAGAAUUCAGUGUACAAAAAGAGGGAAAGAUUUUGUUUAACAAUAAUCUGAGUUUCAUAGUAGUUGAGGUAUAA